UCUGUGGCCAUCUGUUUGAGAGUAUUGAAGUCGUUCAAGUGCUGUCAGCUGUUGUACUUGGUGACGGAGGAGACUGACAUAGAAAAAGAUGUCGCUGGCAGAGAAAAUUGGUGCAAUUAUGCAGAGGCCUGGGCAGGAUGUUGUACCAAAGGACGAUGUCCCGUGGUGGAUGAAGUAUGCUGGUCGCGGAUUAGGGACUGUCGGUAGUAUGGUGGCUAUUGUACUAGGAGUGUGGAGUUGUGUUGGUAUUGUGUUUGGAGACAUCAACUGCCUGAUUAGUGGAAUGUGGCAAAUGAUAGCAGGUGCAGUUGUGAUUAUGAUAGAAGCUCCAUGCUGCUGCCUUUUUAUAGAUUUUGUGCAGAACAUUAGUGAUUGGGUAGAGAAACGACCUUAUUGGAAUAGAGCAGCUUUCUACUGUAUUAUUGCUUUACCAUCCGUAUUCCUUUGCCGAGAGCUUCAGAGCAUAUUUGGAAGUGGCUUGAUCUUCACUACAGGUGUGAUCUAUGGAUUGAUGUCUCUUGGCAGAAAGGCAUCGCAGCAGGAGAUGAUGAGUAAUGCUGACAGGGAGACAGAUGCUACAGUAUCAGCCCCAUCAUCUGGAAUGCAUUCUAUUCUUGUUGAUAAUGCAGCACCAAUGUCAUUCACUGGCACCCCAAACACAGUGCUUGGCAGUGGUGUCUGACAGCUUAUGUGUCGAGAGCCAAGGCUCUUGUUUAUUUAUUGCUUUUGCUGAUAUCACUUCUUUUCCAUUUGAAGACCUCUUUGAGGUGAUGCAAAUGUAGUGUUUGCUUUUUGUGUUGGACUUCAUUCUUUGUUGCCUAGGAUCAAAUUGCCAUGACUCUCUAUAAAUGUGUUUUUUUGAGAUAUAAUGAUUUUAAACUUAGCAGUUAUCAGAUACUUUAUAGUAAUACUUUGUUAACUCGUGUUAUGAUAUUCACAGGUUUCAAUAUUUGUCUGUUAUUUAGUAGCGGUUUUUAAUUUAAAAACCCCAUUUUGGUCAGUUUAGAAAAUAUUUUAAAAUGUUUUUGUAGAUAAGGUUGUCUGUCUCUGUCCUGAGGAUCAUUUUGAACAAUAAUACAAGGUCAUUCUGGUGUAGCUACGAAAGGUGUUAUUGUCAUGUUUUAUCAGUAAUAUAAUAAACUACCUUAUUUCUCCCAAAAUUCAUUAUGUUCUGUAGUGAACAGUUUGUAAUGGCACAAAGUAUAUUAAGGUAAUUAGUAAUUGAUUUAUAUUUGUAACAUUUUUAGUUCAGUUGAUAUAGUGAUGGACGAUGUGCUGGAUGGCUAGGGUUUGAGUCCUGCCAGGGGCAAGAGAGAGAUUUUUCUUUUCUCUACAGUGUCCAGACUGGCUUUAGGGUCCAUUCAGUCUCCUAUCCAGUGGGUAC